UCACCUUUCGUCCCACUGUCAAGCUUUGUCUCCAUUGACACAGAAGCCCUAGCUGUGCACCGAUGCACUUUCUCUCUCACUCAUUCAGCUCGUUGAUUUUUCUCAUUGGUGUAGGCAAGACCUGCCCAGAAAUUGAGCAGGAUUCUCGAUCUCCUUUUAUUAGGCCGAGCAAGAGUUCCACGGGCUUUGGGACUCCCCUCUUGUGUACAGAAGAAACAUGUAGGCUUUCGGAAUCUUUUCUCUCGUAGCCAGACAUCAGCCACUGGAAACAGAUGAGCUAAGGAAGUGUAGAAGGAGUCGGAAGGAUCACUGAGAAGAAGAAGAAGAAGAAGAAUCUACAGUGAUCCUCCUUCAUGGAGUUGGUACCAAACCCAGAUAGCCCGCAUUCCAAGAACAGCGGUGCCAUCAGUCCCAGUAGCAGGCGGCAGAACUUUAGCACCACCUCCUUGGCCGCUGCCAGCGCUGGCGGAGCUGCCACCUCCUCUUCCCCUCCGUCGUUAAGCCGCUACGAGUCUCAGAAGCGCCGCGACUGGAACACAUUUGGUCAGUACCUCAGGAACCACCGCCCACCGCUCGCCCUCUCCCAGUGCAGCAGCGCCCAUGUCCUGGAGUUCCUCCGCUACCUCGACCAAUUCGGCAAGACCAAAAUUCACACCCACAUGUGCCCCUUCUUCGGCCACCCCAACCCCCCCGCGCCGUGUCCGUGCCCCCUCCGUCAAGCCUGGGGCAGCCUCGACGCCCUCAUCGGCCGCCUUCGUGCUGCCUACGAGGAGAACGGUGGCAAGCCUGAGACCAACCCAUUCGGCGCCCGCGUCGUUCGUCUCUACCUCCGCGAGGUUCGUGAAGUCCAGUCAAAGGCACGGGGCGUCAGCUACGAGAAAAAGAAGCGCAAGAAGCCACCACAACAACAAGAGCAUCACCAUCCUCCGCCGCCUCCGCCCGCAGCCUGAUCUACCUGCAUUAGAUCUAUGUGCGUGCAUUAGCUAUGUGUCCAGUAGCUGCAGUGAGUGGUAGUGCUCUAUCAGUCUAGUGGGGGGAAAACAAAAGAAAAGGAGAGGGGGGGAAACAACACAAGUACAGUACGCUCGUGGAGGUAAAAAGCACCAGCUAAGAGGGAGCAACUGCUGCAGAGAGACCUCUGGUCGUGGGGAGGACUCUCCAUGAAUGGUAAAGAACAAAGAGAGGGAUGUGUUCACUAUUGUAGUUUUGACUGAAAGAGGUCACUGCGACGGGGUGUACUUAAGAUUCUUAUAAUGGCAAUGCAAGCAUCUAUUUCGCCCACAGCUCAGACCAACUUUUCUUCUU